CCGAUCACUCGCGCAGUUCAAUUCGACAUAGAGGAAGAAGAUGGCGGCGCUCAUCAGGCAUGGUUCACUCGUCAAUUCUUUUAAGUGUUCACCCACUAUCCUUGCCGUGAACACGACGAGCCUACGAUACGAUAUAACUCGUUUCAAGAGUAAGAAACGUCCUCAGAUGCCGACUCGUACGAUCAACGAUGAUAACAGAUCUCUCGCUUCCAAAGGAUUUUUGAGAUAUCAAAAAGAAUACAAGCCAUCGGAUGAUACAUACGAUAGGAUAAAUAAAAUUUGCGAGGAACAGCAAAUUUCCAUAAAGUGUGCAACAAAACUCGAGGACCCAGUACAGCGUUUCAAUCUUUUCUUAGCAUGCGAGCAAGAAUUUCAACAUCCGAUAAUGAAUUCCGUAUUAUAUAGCAUCAAAACAGUUAGUGAUUUGAAAAAAUACUACAGAAAACAUGUCAGUAAUAUAACUCCAUUCGAUGCUAUGCAAUCUAUGGAAUUGCCAAAGAAUUUGCAUGUUAAUUACGAUUAUGUUCGAUUUCAUCCUGAUACGGAUACGUUGUUCAAUGGAAAAACAGCAUUCCCAAAGAGCUCCACUUUGGUAACUGGAUUAAAGUAUAAGAAAAAAUAUUCAGGGCACCAACAAGAUGAUCCACAUUUGGAGAAAAUGCUUAAAAUUUAAGAACAUUAAUUAGAUUGUACAAAAGAUAAAUAAAUAUAAUACAUUUAUAAAUA